CAUUCUGUGAUAAAGUAGGGGUGAAAUGAAAAUAUAAAGCAUUUCGUUUUCAAGAGAAUUUUAGCAGUCUGUCUCUUCUUCAUUCAACUCCAGGUUUACUCUCUGAAAAUGAGGCUGUCAUUCGUUCUCAUUUUGUUUUCCAUCUCUGCUACAUUCUGUGGGAGGGAUGGCAUUCGAAGCCUGGUCUUCCCCAGUGAAACCAAUACCGCCUACAUGGAGAUGAUCGCUAUGAAGCCGCUCAAGCUGACAGCGUUCACGCUGUGCAUGCGUGUGGCUACCGAGCUCAGCGGAGAGAGAGAAAUCAUCCUGUUUGCGUAUCGGACCAGUGACAUUGAUGAGCUGAAUGUGUGGCGGGAGCUGGAUGGAAGAUUGUCCUUCUACCUGAGUGGGGAUGGAGUUAUUUUCCAAGUCCCUGACCUCGGCUACCUGCAGACUCACCUGUGCUUCACUUGGGACUCCAGCUCAGGCGCUGCUGCUGUCUUCAUGAACGGCAGAAAGAGUCAGACCAAAAUCUACCGGAAGGGUCACACCAUCCGCCCCGGAGGCAGAGUCAUCCUCGGCCAGGAUCCUGACAGUUUUCUGGGCGAAUUUGAUGCAAAGCAGAGUUUUGUGGGAGAGAUUUCUGAUGUGACGAUGUGGGACUCCGUCCUGUCAGACUUUGCCAUCCACAGUCUGUUUAAUGGGAGGAGGGUGGAAAGAGGAAAUGUGUUUGACUGGGAAACUGUGGAGCUUAGACCGUUUGGAGAGGUGGAGGUCAUCAAUGUUGAUCUGAUCUGAUUUUAUUAUUUCAGGAUGCAGAAAAUGUUCAGAGUUUUCUUUCUUUGGACAAAUAAAAUGUAUCCUGCAA